AAGUCAUGAUGGGAAAAUGCGAGGAAAUUUGCUCCCCAGUCCUUCCACAAGCCAUUAACCUGACCUAACUUAUUUUAAAUUUCGCCCACCUGCAAACUUUGAACCUCACCUUGAUUUCCUUCAUAGUUCCAAAAAUAUAACACUUGAAGUCCUUUCAAAACCAUAGAUUUAUAAGUACUUGAAAGAUAUGCUCCUUCGUGUUGCUGCCAAGUUCUUAAUAGCAGCAACCCUUCUUGGGGUUGGUCUUACUCGAGUCGAGUGCUUGAAUUUUAACUUUACAGAAUUUAACGAUUCAGCUGGAGACCAACUCAUUCUGAAUGAUUCUAAUUCCAGAUUGUUUUAUGAUGCCAUCCAAGUUACGCCAGAUUCUAGUGGAGCCCCUGAGGCUAUGAUACAAAAAUCAGGCCGCACGCUGUACGAAAAGCCAUUCAGACUCUGGAACAGGAAAGGCUUCAACUCAUCUUUCAAUACCACCUUUGUGCUCAAUAUUAAAUACCAGACACAUCCAGGAGGAGAAGGAUUGGCCUUUAUAUUAACAGGAUCUUCCAAUGUUAAUAUUAAUGCCUCUGGACAAUGGCUUGGUGUAGUAGAACCGCAGAAGAACGAUUCUUCUCAGGCACAGACAGUGGCGAUAGAGUUUGACACUAGGAAAAGCUACGAAGAAGAUCUUGAUGACAACCACGUCGGCUUGGAUGUAAACACUGUCUACUCUCGUGUACAAGUCCCAUUAACUAAUCUUGGUGUUAAUCUUUCCAGUAAUUCGGAUAUCAGAGUACAUGUCCGAUAUGAUGGUGAAUUAAAAAAUUUGACAGUCUUCCUGGAGAUGGCGGACAAGAAGAUUCCAGUAUUCUCUGAGAUUAGCGAUCUCCCAGCCUAUCUUCCCAAAAAAGUUUACGUGGGAUUUUCAGGAUCAACAAGCAAUUACACUCAGCUCAACUGCGUAAAAUCAUGGGCAUUCAACAGUACAGAUAAAGAAGACGAUAACCCUUUCUGGAUUUGGAUUGUGGUUCCAGUACUAGGAGUGGCCUUGUUGGUUGGUAUCGCCUUCUUCGUUUACCGGAAAAGGAAAAUAGACAGAGAGAAACUGGAGGAUGCUUGUCCGAGCAUAGAAGAAGUGAUCAAAGUCUCGUCCACUGCUCCACGGAAGUUCAAAUUUGAAGAACUUAGGAAAGCAACUGGCAACUUCAGCCCCAAGAACAAGCUUGGGAAAGGCGGCUUUGGAACUGUUUACAAAGGAGUCAUGGGAAACAAGCUGGUCGCUGUCAAGAAGGUUUCCAAGAAAUCAACUCAAGGCAAGACAGAAUUCAUAGCAGAAGUCACCACGAUCGGCAAGCUCCAUCAAAGAAAUCUUGUCAAGUUAAUCGGAUGGUGCUAUGAAAGGCGCCAAUUUCUCCUCGUCUACGAGUACUUGCCUAAUGGAAGCUUGGACAAAUUCAUUUUCUGUGAUGAAAAGUCCAGCAUGGAGGAAUCUACUAUGAGCUGGGAAACAAGGCUCAGUGUAGUAACUGGAGCAGCGCAGGCUUUGGACUAUCUGCACAAUGGCUGCGAGGAAACUAUACUUCAUCGAGACAUCAAAUCCAGCAACAUAAUGUUAGAUUCUGAGUUCAAUGCCAAGCUGGGAGAUUUUGGACUCGCUCGUACCAUUAAACUCAGUGAUCAAACUCAUCACUCGACAAAAGAACUUUCGGGAACUCCUGGAUAUAUGGCUCCGGAGAGUAUUCUCACCGGAAGAUUUACCAUCGAAACAGAUGUAUAUGCCUUUGGUAUACUUAUCCUGGAAGUUGCUUGUGGAAGGAAGCCUGGUAGUCAAAACCAGCAGGAUAACUAUAGCUGUAACAUCGUGAAUUGGGUAUGGGACCUCCAUAGGGAAGGAAGAACACUUGACGCUGCAGAUUCCAGAUUGGAAGGAGACUUUGCAACAGGAGAUAUGGAGUGUGUACUUAUUCUGGGAUUGGCAUGUUGCCACCCAAACCCACACAAGAGGCCCUCGAUGAAAAUUGUUUUGCAGGUUCUGAAAGGGGAAGCAGAAGCACCACCAGUGCCCAAUGAAAGGCCUGCUUUUAUGUGGCCACCAUUGCCUCCAUCUUUCAAAGAAUUGGAUAUCUCUCUUGGCCAACUCAGUCCAUUUUCAGAACUCGGUGGGAGAUAAAACAAGCACCAUAGAUCAGAAUCUUUUUCUUCUCCAUUCAUGCCGGUUCUAAUUAAUUAGCAGAUUCAGGACACUUUUUAAGGAAAUAGCAAUAAUGUCCUUGUAGGCUAGCCAAAAAAUUAUUAAAAUUCUUUUCCUUCGUUUAUGAUAAUAAAAAAUUUUAAAAUACUUAUAUCUA